UCCCUCAUUUGCCCCGCAAAGGCCAGCUCGGCGGCAACACCUCGCGCAGCCCGCUUGGCGCCACGCACCACUUCGCUUGCGACCAGGCCGACGCCCUGUCUGCGCCGCUCAUCGGCGUCCGCAUGGUAACACACGAAGAACACGGCGAGCAAGCUGGCGCAAAUAUCAGCAUCUGCCACCCGCGCUGGAUCUAUGCCAGUGCUCAAGCUGGCACGGAGCUUCCGAAGGGCGACUUCCUCAUCCCCGCACUCCCGCAGACUCCAGCGAGCCAGGAGCCUCCGUCUACCCCUCAAAGCUACAAGCAGGAAGUCGUAGACGGUCUCUGCGCUGCCACGUCGGAGGACGAGAAAGACGAGCUCGAGGUGGAGCGCGCUUCGCAGUCUACCACAUCGCGAUCCACCCGCCGUCGCAACGAGCUAGCUGCGCUCAUGAAGUACUGGGACGACGAGCCCGUCACGAGCUGCACCUCCAUCGCCUAUGCUCCGAACGCUAAGGCCGAGAGCAGCUGCAGCCCAACGAGAAUGACUUCGCCGCCGGGUCUGAACCUCAGCCACCAAGCGCUCAGCUCUCAGCUCAACGCCACGUCCUCGAACAACUACGUCAAGCGCGAGCAGCUUUGAGAUUAGCAGGCGAUGGGAGCAGGGUGUGACGCGAGGGGAAUACAUGUGUGAGGAGUCAUUGGGUGGUAUCGAUGAAGGUCAGGCCGGCGUCACAGGUCAGUCGGACGUGAUGAAGAGCACUUUUUGUCG